AGCAGGAAGUGGCCCAGUUAGAAGCAUGCUUACAUAAUACAACCAAAGAUUGCACUCCUGCUCUAGUACAGAGCAAAGGUUUCUGCUCUACAUUUGCUGUUUGCUUUUCUGUUAGCUUUCAGUUCUGGAUAAAAACAUAUACAGUUAGCCAUGAUAGCCCAGCGCACACGCUUCCACUUUUUCCGCUCUGCCAUCAGCAGCACAUCACAUUUUACAAUUUUUCAUGGAAAGCAUCAUCCAGCAGUUGUGAUCAAUAAACAAAAACAUACCUUCAGAAAGCGGCAUGGGCUUCCAGAAAUUUCCCCACUGGUGCAGAGUGUGGAGGAGACUCCUGAACCUAUCCCUACCACUGUCAAAGGCAUAAUCCCUACAUGGAUUCGUGGGAAUCUUCUCCGCAAUGGCCCUGGAAAGUUUGAGUUUGGAAAUCAACACUUCAAUCACUGGUUUGAUGGAAUGGCCUUGAUGCACAGCUUUCAGGUCGCUGAUGGUCAGGUGACCUACAGGAGCCGCUUCCUACGCAGUGACUCGUACAAGAAGAACAGUGAGAUGAAUCGUAUUGUGGUAUCUGAGUUUGGCACUCUUGCACUCCCUGACCCAUGCAAGAAUAUUUUCCAGCGCUUCAUGUCCUUCUUUGAGAUGACAAAGCCCACAGACAAUGCUAAUGUGAGCUUCGUCAAAUACAAAGGUGACUACUAUGUCAGCACAGAGACCAAUUUUAUUCACAAAAUUGAUCCAGACACUCUUGAAACAAAAGAGAAGGUGGACUGGAGUAAGUUCAUUGCUGUGAAUGGUGCAACCGCACACCCCCAUGUUGACCCAGAUGGUACAGUCUACAACAUGGGCAACUCCUAUGGCAGGAAAGGUACUUUAUACAACAUUAUCAAAGUGCCUCCCGGAAAUGAAGCCGGUGAUGAUACGCUGCAGGGUGCAAAGGUGCUGUGUUCCAUUUCACCUGCUGAAAAAAACAAGCCUUCCUAUUACCACAGCUUUGCCAUGUCUGAGAACUAUGUGGUUUUCAUCGAACAGCCCAUAAAGAUUGAUAUAAUGAAGAUAGUGACAGCUAGAAUGAAGGGGAAAGGCAUAAGCGACUGUAUCUACUGGGACCCAAAACAAGAGACUGUCUUUCAUGUUGUAAACAAACAUACUGGCAAGGUGAGUCCAGUGAAAUACCACACCAAGGCUUUAUCCAACUUCCACCAGAUCAAUGCAUUUGAGGAAAAUGGCUUCCUCAUGUUGGAUAUGUGUUGCUCAGAUGAUGGCCAGGCCCUUCAAGUCUAUUUUCUUCAGAAUUUACGCAAGUCAGGAGAAGCACUGGAUGAGGUAUACAACAGCAUAGACAAAUAUUUUCCUCGCCGCUUUGUUCUUCCUUUGUGCAUCACCAAUGAUACUCCACUGAACCAGAACCUCAACACACGGCCUAAGAGCUCUGCUUCUGCAGUCUGCCUCAGCAAAGACAAGGUGUUCUGCAUGUCUGAGGAUCUCCAUGACCAUGAACUUCUUGAUUAUGGUGGCUUUGAGUUUCCACACAUUCACUAUGACCGAUGCAACACCAAACCAUACCGCUUCAUCUAUGGCUGUGGCUUUGGUCACCUGGUGGCAGAUUCAUUGAUCAAAAUAGACCUCGAAAGUAAGAAAAUUAAGGCAUGGCGUCUGCCAGGUGUCUAUCCAUCCGAGCCUGUGUUUGUCCCAUCACCUAAUUCAGAGGAAGAAGAUGAUGGAGUCAUCCUCUCUGUUGUGCUCACACCCACUGAGGAUAAAGGCACGUUCCUGCUGGUUCUUGAUGCUAAGACAUUUGAGGAAGUUGGAAGAGCUAAAGUGCCUGUUAACAUUCCAUCAGGCUUCCACGGAACCUUUAAAUCUUUGGUAUAGGACAGAUUUCAUUUAGUGACAUUAAAGGCCAACAACUAGUGUCAUAUUUAUACAUUACUUUACUUAAAAGUUCAGCCUCUGUCACUGUUUUACAAUUUGUUCCCCAGAAAUUAAAACUUGGCCUGCUCUUUUCAUUUUUCAUUUGCUUUCAAUUAGGUUUCAUCACUUUUAGUUAGGUACUGUUUUUAUGUGUUUCAUUGUUUUGAAAUGAAUUGUUUCUUUUUUUUUAAUUGAGUUAGAUGCCAUAAAAAUACAAUUUUUCAAUUCAAUUCAAUAGUAAAACAAUGGCUUUGGAAGGCAUUAAGGGCACAGUAAAAGAUAUCAAUACCUAUGUUGUAUCCAGUAUUUUAAUGGUUGUACCAGGGCUAUCAAGUGUCACGCAUUGAGAGUGACAGUCACGCAUUUUGGUCUUUUCUCACACUCUCCCACCACACAUCAUAUUUCUCACGCAGAAAAACGUUUUCACUUUUUAUCAUAUAUUUAAUAUGCCGCAGCACCCAAAAUGUAUCUGUCUGCACCGCUGUCUCUAUGGAACCGGGCAGGAAUCAAGUGUUUCGCCAGGGGUUUGGAGAUGUCACUCUUGCCUGUCUUCAAAAUUUGAGAGCCCAGUUGUACAUAAUGAUGUACCAGCUCAGUCAAAUUAAAAUUCUAUGGUAUUUUAUCUGAAAUGUCCAGUUUCUCUGAAACUCUGUGUACUACACUUUAUCUAUUUUUACUACAUCAUACGGAAGGUGUAUGUUGCAGACGGGACAUGGCCAACCACCAGUUUGUGAAUAGAGGAGUCUGGACGAACAAGUGAGAGGCUUCACGCACCUGCGAGUAAUUUCACUAAUGAUGUGUUUGCUUUCCCAGCAGUAAACACCAGAAGAGAUUUAAGUGAUGAAAGUGAGAGUUGUGAGAGAGAGAAUACACCCAGAGCCAUGUGUGUGAUAGUGUGUCUAUGUGUAUAAAGUUGUGCAAUAUAGUUGUGCAAUAAAGUUGUUUAUGAGACAGUGA